AUGUCAGACAGUGAGGAGGAGGAGGAGGCCCCCGAAGAGAGGGAGCCAGCAUGCCUGCUGUGUCAGCAAGCAGACGCUGACCCGGACAUCUGCGGGGAAAAACACUACAUAAAUGGGCUCUGUGUCCACAGGUUCUGCCUGUUUUUUGCCAACCACCUUCCUCACCGCCCGGUUACUCGACGACAAAUCAGGUUGGUUCCCCCGAGGGAUAUCCAAGAUGAAGUCUCCCGAGCGGCACAGCAGAGAUGCUGCGUCUGUGGCCAGAGCGGGGCCACCAUCACCUGCUGCGAAACAGGCUGUGACCUGAGCUUCCACCUGCCCUGUGCCAAGGAGGGAGGCUGUGUCACCAAGUUCGUUAUGCGAUACAGGGGCUUCUGCCCCGCACACAGACCACAGCAGGAAGUGAAGGUGACUCCGGAGCCGGGCACCCAAUGCCUCAUCUGCAUGGAGCCUGUGGAGGACAGACAGACCUUCAACACCCUGGUGUGCCCAGCCUGCAAAAGCGCCUGGUUCCACAGGGACUGCAUCCAAGGACACGCUCUGCAUGCUGGUGCUUUUGCCUUCUGGUGCCCCCUCUGCAGAAACGUUAGGGGCUUUCUCAGGGAUAUGUUCAUCAUGGGGAUCCGAAUCCCCUUCAGACCACCAUCAUGGGAGGGGAAUGAUGCGUUCGCCGAGCAAAGAGAGAGGCACAGGCGCUGCGAUGCCAGUGAGUGCCUUUGUCCAGGAGGCAGGCAGGAGGCAGAGCAGGAGGGGCCCUGGCAACUGCUCCGGUGCUCCUCCUGUGCUGCUGAGGGCACCCACAGACAGUGCUCUGGCCUGAGGAACAGCAUAACCAGAUGGGAAUGUGACGGCUGUGCUGGUCUGGGCACAUCCUCCGGCGAUGACUCGCGGCUUGCUGGUGUCUGCGUGGUCAGACUGUCAGGACUGGAGGUUUCUGACAGCUCCAGGGAACCUGAGACCAUCAGCCCCAACACAGGCAGCCUGGUGCUACCAGGGCUGUCUCCCAGUUCUCCAGCACUGGAGACCAUCAGCCCCAGCACCGGCGCCCAAAUUCCACACGUUCAGUCCAGAGGUCCCCAGGACAGGAGCCAUGUGCCAGCACCAAGUCCUGGGAGGCGCAGGCGCAGGCAGAGACCAUCACAGACAUCGCGCAGGCGAAACCGCUCCCGCCGGCAACAUCGGACCCCAAAUCCAUCCGGCCGGUCCAGAAGUCCCCAUGACAGGAGCCAUGUGAGAGCACCGAGUGCUGGGAGCCGCACCCCCAACCAGGAAGCAUCAGGGACAUCCCGCAGGCGAAACCGCUCCCGCCGGCAAC